GACUUUUCACGCAAUCGCUCCGCGAACUGCAAGCGCUGACCGAUCGUGUGUUCUCGUUCCUCCUCGUGGCCCAGUGGGCCGCGGCGAUCGUCUGCGCGUUGACGCUCUCGCCUCGGGCCUGGGUCGGGUCGCAGAGCUCCCCUCACAUCCAUCUCGUCGUUGCCUUGCUCGUCGGCGGGCUGCUGACGGUCUUUCCUGUCUGGCUCGCGCGGAAUCGCAGCGGUGAGUAUCUGACCCGUUUAGUGAUCACCGCGGCGCAGAUGAUGUUCUCGGCGCUCUUGAUCCACCUGAUGGGGGGACGCAUCGAGGCCCACUUCCACAUCUUUGGCUCGCUCGCGCUACUAUCGUUCUACCGCGACUUUCGCGUGUUUGUCCCGGCGGUUGUGCUCAUCCUCAGCGACCACCUCUUCCGCGGCGUCUAUUGGCCCCAAUCGGUCUUUGGAGUCAGCGAGCCGGCGCUCUUUGAAGCCUUGGAGCACGGCGGGUGGGUGCUGUUCGAGACGGCGUUUCUGGUGUGGGGCAUCGCCCAAAGCCGCGACCACCUGUGGCGAAUGGCGGAGCUCCAGGCCUCGCUAGAAGAAGAACGCGACACGCUCGAGGCCCGGGUCGAGCGCCGGACCGAGCAGCUCGCCGAAGCCCGUGACUACUUGGCGAACGUCAUCGACUCGCUCGACGCCCGGGUCUGUAUCCUCGACGAACGCGGCGUGAUCCUCUCGACCAACGCGGCGUGGCGCCGCUUCGGAGAACGCUUCGCGUCGGAUGCGAUGCGGCUCGGCGAAGGCGUCGACUACCUCCGCUUCUGCGACGAAUCCACGGGCUCCGCCGCCUCCGACGCCCGGAAGCUCGCCGCCGGGCUGCGUGAAAUCAUGGAGGGGUCGGACGAAUGCUUCGUCAUGGAGUACCCCUACCGCGAAGCGGGUCAGGAAUUCUGGUACCAAGUCCGAGCCUGCCCAUUCGCCGGAGCGGGCGCCGGCGGAGCGGCGGCGGUCGUCGCGCAUGUUGACGUGACGGACCGUGUCAUCGCGACAAAGUCAUCGCAAGAAGAGGCCCGUCGCGCCGCCGACCUGGCGCAGAUCGUCACCGAGUCUCCCAACGAAGUCUACAUCUUCAACCAGAUCGACCUCCGCUUCGUGGUCGUGAACGAAGGCUCCAUCCGCGCCACCGGGUAUACGCGUGAAGAGCUGUUGGGGAUGACGCCGAUCGACCUCAAGGCCGAUGCGGACGUCCGAUCCUUCCGGCAACGCCUCGAGCCGCUCGUCCGCGAUAAGGUGAAGGUGCUCGAUUUCCAGGCGACGCACUGCCGCAAAAACGGCGUGUCCUAUCCCGUUCAAGUGUCGAUGCACGCCGCGGUGUUUCAUAGCACGCCCGUCUAUGUCGCCUUCGUCACCGACCUCACCGAGGUCCGGCGCCUCGAGGGUCGGCUCGCUCAGUCGCAGAAGCUCGAGUCGAUCGGACAACUCGCCGCGGGCAUCGCGCACGAGAUCAACACGCCCAUGCAGUGCGUGUCGAACAACGUCGAGUUUCUGCAAGAGUGCCAUCAGCGCUUGUUCGAUCUCGUGGAUCGACUCGUCAAGACGCUCGACUCGCCGGCACGGUCUUGGGACGAUCGCAAGCAAUCGGUCCGCAGCCUGAUUGACGAAUCCUACUACAACCGAGUGGCGGCGAUGGCGCCGUCGGCGAUCAACGAAGCGGCCGAGGCCUCGCGACGCGUCAUCGAGAUUGUCCGCGCGAUGAAGGUCAUGUCCCAUCCGGGGACCCAUGACUUCGUCGAUUCCGACCUCAACGACGGGAUCCGUAACGCGGCGACGAUCGCACGCAACCGCUGGAAGUACGUCGCGGAGGUGGAGUUCGACCUCGACGAGGCGUUGCCGCAUGUCCCCGUUCUGCCGGCGGAGCUGAACCAGGUCUUCCUCAACCUGAUCGUCAACGCCGCCGACGCCAUCGCCGAGAAGAACGGCGAAAACGGCCCUCUCGGCGUGAUCACGCUCCGCACCCGCUACGAGAGUGAAUCGGUCCGCAUCGAGAUCGCCGACAACGGUCCGGGUGUGCCGGAAGCGAUCCGCGAGCGCAUCUUCGAUCCCUUCUUUACCACCAAAGACGUCGGCAAAGGGACCGGUCAGGGCCUCGCCAUCUCCUACGACGCGGUCGUCAACAAACACCACGGCACAAUCGACUUCGUGUCGACCGUGGGCGAGGGGACAACGUUUGUGGUGUGCCUGCCAUUGAGCGUGGAAGCGCCGGAAGAGUCGACCGAGGCGCCCGCGCUCUUCAGCGAAGCGUAG